UCGAUAUGGCAACGUAGCUGCCAAUUUCAUGUGACAGAUUCGAGGGUCUAUUCUCCAUGUGUACCAAGAAUAAUAUAUGAGUAUUCACAACAGAAGAGUUAAGACUGAAUUAGAAGAAAUGGGACAAGAUGAUGAUAGGAUAUCAUUUGACUAUGAUGUCCAGCAUACAAUUGACGGGCAGUAUACUGAAGAUAUAAAGACCGAAGACGUAAAGACUGAAGAUAUAGAUAUUGUUGACCAGUACAUUGAUGAGAAUGGAAUAAGAUCGUCUAUUGGAUAUGAAACAGAAAUGAAGAGAGAUUAUAGUUUCAAUGACAAUAUUACUUUUGAAAUUGAGCCAUUGAGUAGUAAACAUGACUCAUCUAAUAAAUAUAAAACUAGGAAUCAUAUGGAUGCUGCUCCUUCGAAUAAACAUGAACAAGAAUGUCUAGUAUGUGAGUAUACAACAAAUGACAAGACAAAUCUAAAACGGCAUUUUGAUGCUGUUCAUUUGAAUAAGCGAGAACAUAAUUGUAAGUUUUGUGAGUAUUCUGCUAAACAUAAGCAGGGACUUGAAAACCAUAUAAAGGCUGUUCAUUUGGAUAAACGAGAACAUAAAUAUCACCUGCGCAACUAUGCUUCAGCUUAUAAACAGAAUAUCAAAAAGCAUAUAGUUGCAGUUCAUUCGAAUAAACGAGAACAUAAAUGUGUGUUUUGUGAGUAUGCUGCUAACGAAAAGAAACAUCUUGAAAACCAUAUAAAGGCUGUUCAUUUGGAUAAACGAGAACAUAAAUGUCACCUGUGCAACUAUGCUUCAGCUUAUAAACAGAACAUCAAAAAGCAUAUAGGUGCAGUUCAUUUGAAUGAACAAGAACAUAAAUGUGGGUUUUGUGAGUAUGCUGCUAAUGAAAAGAAAGAUCUUAAAAAGCAUAUAAAGGCUGUUCAUUUAGAUAAACGAGAACAUAAAUGUCACCUCUGUAACUUUGCUUCAGCUUAUAAACAGAACAUCAAAAAGCAUAUAGCUGCAGUUCAUUCGAAUAAACGAGAACAUAAAUGUGUGUUUUGUGAGUAUGCUGCUAACGAAAAGAAAGAUCUUGAAAACCAUAUAAAGGCUGUUCAUUUGGAUAAACGAGAACAUAGAUGUCACCUGUGCAAUUAUGCUUCAGCUUAUAGACAGAACAUCCAAAGGCAUAUAGAAGUAGUUCAUCUGAACAAACGAGAAUAUAAAUGUGGAUUUUGUGAGUAUGUAGCUCAGCAGAAAGGACAAUUUGAAAAUCAUAUGAAGGCUGUUCAUUUGGAAAAACGAGAACAUAAAUGUCACCUGUGCAACUAUGCUACAGCUUAUAAAGGGAACAUCAAAAAUCAUAUAGAUGCAGUUCAUUCGAAUAAACGAGAACAUAAAUGUGUGUUUUGUGAGUAUGCUGCUAAUGAAAAGAAAGUUCUUGAAAACCAUAUAAAGGCUGUUCAUUUGGAUAAACGAGAACAUAAAUGUCACUUGUGCAACUAUGCUUCAGCUUAUAAACAGAGCAUCAAAAGGCAUAUAGAUGAAGUUCAUUUGAAGUAUAAACGAAAAGGGAGGAGUCGAUAAAGAUAUGAAUGUUAUUCGCUUCAAUAAACGCGAAUGUGUUAAUAUUUUUAACUACUCAUGUUCAUUCAUAAUCA